AUGGCGACCAAGAAGGAGCUCAUGGAAUCGGAGCCAACCAAGGCCCUCGACCUCCUCGACACCGCCGAGGGCGAAAUCGUCGAUCCCAAGGAGCACUCUUCCCUUCUCCGCAAGCUCGAUUUCCGGUUGAUGCCCCUUCUCUGCAUCACCUACGCCCUCCAAUCGAUCGACCGCACGACUCUCAGCUAUGCCGCCGUGUUCGGCGUCCGUGAAGACCUCGGCCUGACCGGGUCCGAGUUCUCCUGGGCGGGCGCCCUCCUGUACAUCGGCUACCUCUUUUGGGAGUUCCCGACGAACGUGAUGCUGCAGAAGCUACCCAUCAACACCUUCAUGGCUUCGACCGUGGUCUUGUGGGGGGCGGUUCUGAUGUGCCAUGCGGCAUCGCACAACUUCUCCGGACUCGCGGCGACGAGGACAUUCUUGGGUGCGCUGGAGGCUUCGAUUAACCCCGGUACGAUGUUGCUGUUUUCCAUGUACUACGAACGCAAGGAGCAGCCUCUGCGGAUGGGCAUCUGGGUUGGAUCGGCCGGACUGGGCUACAUCAUUGCCGGUAUCGUGUCUUUCGGCAUCGGGCAUGUGACGGGAUCGAUUGCCAGCUGGAGAAUCUUGUUUCUCUUCUGGGGCGCGGUUACGGUCGCUUGGGGUGCUCUGAUGCUGAUCUUCCUCCCCGGUUCGCCCCUGACGACGAAGUUCCUGAGCGAAAAGGAGAAGGCGAUGGUUGUAGACCGCGUCAAAAACAACGGUACGGGUGUUGAGAACAAGAAGUUCAAGUGGCCCCAGUUCAGGGAGGCGAUGACGGAUCUCAAGACCUGGUUGCUCUUCAUGUUUGCCGUUGCAAGCAACUCGCCCAAUGGCGGCUUGACUACCUUCCAGGGUCUUGUCAUCAAGGGUAUGGGCUUCUCAACUCUGCAAACGACGCUGAUUCAGAUGCCCUCUGGCGGAGUUCAACUCAUUCUCUGCCCCUUGGCGUGCUUCUUCGCCUCGUACUACCCCAACGCCCGAAUCGCCAUCAUGCUCAUGUGCCUUGUCCCAUUCCUGGCGGGUAUUCUGGGCCUCUGGCUCAGCGAGCAAUCCAACCCUUACGGCCGCCUCGCCUGCCUCUGGAUCUCCUUCGCCUACACCGCCGCCUGGACGCUCUCCAUGUCCGUUGCCACAGCCAACACCGCCGGCCACACCAAGAAGAUCACGACGAACGCCAUGCUUCUGAUCGGAUACUGUCUCGGAAAUUUUGUCGGCCCCUUCUUCUUCAAGGCGGAGCAAGCGCCGACGUACACUCUCGGUGUCGCGAUGAUGAUCUUCUGCGUCGGCCUGCAGAUCGUGUGUUUGUGUGGCAUCUGGGUUCUCCUUUGGACUCGUAACCGCUCGAGAAAGGCUGAGCAUGCAGAGUCUGAGGAUAACGAGCAUCAGGCUUAUGAGAGAGGUCUCCUUGAUCAGACGGACUUGGAGAACAAGUUCUUCAAGGUGAGUCAUUGCAAGCGCUUGGUGAGAAGCACUGCUAACACGAUACACCAGCGAAACAAUAUGGCGGAAGACAGCAAGAUCGUGGGUGGUCCACCUCAAGAGGCUUACACCGUUUGGCACGAAGAGGUCAACGAUAUAAGAGAGAUACCGAUGAGCUCCGAAGAAUAUUCCUACAAAACUCUAGAUGACCCGGCCGACUGCUUGCGUCUUUUGUUGCUUCUCCCAACAGAAGAUGAGAAAGCGCCUAUUCAAGCCGGCUUACUCCAUGUUCAACGGCGCAAUGCUCCGACUUUCCAGCCCGUCUCAUACACCUGGGGUCAACAACAACCAACGUCCGAUAUGUGGCUCAUCGGUCUUGGCGGUGCUUCCGACGGUAAAGGCUUCCGACACUUUGCCAUACGCCCAAACCUGGAAACCAUGCUCAGGAGAUUCCGCGACCGAGAACAGAUCUUGCUUUUAUGGGUCGAUGCGAUCUGUAUAAACCAAGGAGACAACCACGAAAAGGCGUAUCAGGUGCGGCACAUGGACCAAGUCUAUCGCGGCAGAUGGCUUCGCGUCUGGCUGGGUGACAAGUCGGAGACCAGCGACGAAGCUAUAGACUUCAUCGAGGAGUGGAAGAAUUGGGACGCUGGACAGUCCGGCGACUUCUUCAAGAGCAACUCCAACCGGACUAAGUCUUGGCAAGCUCUAUGGGAUCUCAUCCGGCGCCCUUGGUUUUCGCGCCGAUGGAUCGUUCAAGAGUUUGUGUUGGCGAAGCAUAAGCAUAUGUACCUCGGCAACCGCGACUUCUGCAGCGACAAUAUGAUGCCGUUUAUCGCGCAGAUGGACCGUUUCAGUCGCCAUCUCGAGGGUGGUCUCACGAAAGACAACAGGCUUAGACUCGGCGACUCUUCGCUAGACUCAAGGACGCCUGUGAUCACCGGAGUGACCCCUGAUCGGCUCGAAUCUCUCAACCAUCUGAUCGGAAUCUCCACAGCAGUAGGACGAGGCGAGAACCUGACCCUUGAAAUGCUCAUAGAUGGCUUCGUCAGCUUCGAGUCAUUCGACCCUCGCGAUGGCAUCUACGCUUUCUUGUCCAUGGCGAGUGACGCUCAAGACUGGAUCCCCGACUACUCCGACAAGAGCACCGUCGGCGACGUCUACGCCAGAGCGACAUGGCAAAUCAUGAGAACCUCAAACAGCGCGGACAUCAUCUGCCGAGCCAUGCCAACCUUGAGCCAGCGCAAAUUCAACCACACCAGUUGGGUCCCGUGGUACGGAACGCUGGAGUCCGCGGACCCCAGGCACCCAGGCCUGGCUUUGGGAUACAACACAAAGUCGCUGACGACGUUCGGACAGCCGCUUUCUGCGGGGAAUCACGGGCCUUUUCUGGGGUACGCUUGUGAUGGCUGCGAUGAGAAGAUAAGGGGCGCUCGGUAUCGCUGCGUCGACUGUCGCGGGUUUGACUACUGCUCCGUCUGCUUGCGGGAAUCCAAGUCCAGACAUGCGCCGGAUCACAGCUUCCGCAAGUUCCCAAGCGCCGUGUACCGCGCGUCCGGAGGUUCCACGAUCGGCAUCGGUAGUGACUUCACUACGCUCGGGGGCCUGAUGGUUCUCAACGGCUUCAUCGUCGACACAUUUGAAGCCUUCGGGCCUGAGCUGCUGAUAAGUCGUCGGCAUAACAGCGUUCAAGUCACCGUUCUCGGCGGAGGCGAUGCUUGGAUCCGCGUGCCCGGGCUAGAAAAGGCUGAUGUUGAAGGUCUUCCGGACGCUUUCUACCGCACGCUGACGGGCAUGAGACGGAUCAUACGAAAAGGAUCUGAGUGGUUCACUGAUAUCGACCCCGUGCCGCAAGACUGGAUCGAGACGGCCAGGAGGCUUCUCCCGAUUGCGAGCCAUGCCGAGGAGACCAGGCCCGACUUGACGUGCCAGACGGACGAGGACGUACUAGUAUCUGCCGAGUUUAUGCUAUCAGGAGAGAGGAGGUUCGCUGUUACCAAAAAGUCGAUGGGUUUCUUACCCCGGAUAGCCAAACCUGGAGAUGUGAUUUGUGUUCUCAUAGGAUGCUCAGUUCCAGUGGUGCUGAGAAAGAUGAAAGAACACGAAGACGAUGAUAAGUCUACAUGGGUUCUCGUCGGCGAGUGCUAUGUAGAUGAAGUUAUGGAAGGCUAUUGGUAUGGAUUCAACGUUCUGCGAGGAGGGUUGGAGCAGCGUCCGUUCUACAUAAUCUAG